AUGACAUGCCUUAUAAUUAAUGUUAUUUGGGCUGAAUUAAGUGUUAAUCCAAAUACCAAAGUUAUUCCACUAAAAAUUUUUGUUCGGGAAACUUUAAGACGUUCUAGGACAUCAUACUCUACAUUACAAGCAACUUUAUUUUAUUUGUUUCGAAUUAAGCCCCAGAUUGAUUUGAUUACUGCUAAUGCUAAUGGUGUUAAUCAAGAUAAUCAGAAACAACAGAAACUUCUUGCUACGAGUAACAACAACAAUAAUAAUCCUGCCACAUGUUGUAGACGUAUGUUUUUAGCUGCAUUGAUAGUUGCGUCGAAAUAUCUUCAAGAUUGCAAUUAUUCUAAUAGUGCAUGGUCAAAGAUCUCGGGAUUGCCAGUUGGCGAAAUAAAUGCAAAUGAGAUUUGUUUCCUUCAAUUGAUCGAUUAUAAUUUAUUUAUUUCUGAAGAUAUUUUUAGACGUUGGAAAAUUUUGAAAUCAGAAGGAUGUUAUCAACGUAAUUCAAACGUUAAUAAUAGAAAUGAUUCUAGAAUUAUGGCAAAUUAA